GGUUAUCCAAAUCAGACAGUCCGAACAUCUCGUCGGUGGAAACCCACUUUUUAGAAUGAGCCUCUGGUGAUGCCCGUCACCGAAGUGUCCUCUUGUCCUCUCCCUUGCGGCAGCACCACCCGUCAACUGCCUGGUAGAAUUUCUCUGUCGUCUCCCGCAGAGAUUUCCCAUGGCGUACGUAUUGCUGCCGAGCGAGCUGCCCUUCUGGCCAGAAGUUCUGAGUCAAAUCUCUCUUCUGCGCAAGUCACGUGAUGCCUCCCAAGUCGUGGAUGUCCUCAGGAACAUCUAUCGGAUAUGCAGCGCCGCCAUCGACCAGGACGAGAGGCCACUGGAAGAUGAGAUGCGAUUCGACUUGUGCGAAAGCUUCCUCGAAGAUUACGACGAGUCCUCCGACCUUCUCAAUGUGAUAGUGCCCACGAUUGUGGACCUGGCCAGGAAAAUUAAUGAACUCCGACCGAAGGCCUUCGUUUACUCACUUCAAGCUGAAGAGGGGGACUGGGAAUUGUCCCGUGAAUUUGUUGCAUCCCUGAUGGCACACUCGUUUCUAUCGACGUUUCCAAUGCGCACCUUCAAAAGCCAUCCUACACUCCAGGACUUCAACCGGAGCUCUUCCUAUCGAUUUCUCACUCUGGAUCAGCACAAGCAAGGCUUGACAAAUCUCUUGCGAUACUUCAAGGAGGUGCGAUGCCAAAUGGACGGCGUUCUCCGCGUCAAGAGAAGAAUUCUCCUGCGGGAACCGCCGUUGACGGAAUGGGUAUGUUCACCCCACCAGCUGUGUCCCCUCACCGUACGGCACGUCGCACGCCUUGAAGACGCUGAACUUCACCUCUAUAGAGUGCUUCCAAUAAACGCUGAUCUGGGCGUGCUGAAGACGACCAACUGUGCAGAGAAUCAUUUUCUCUUGGGGUUGCCCGAGUUGUCCGUUCUGCAGUUGUUCGUAGAGGUUCCCAAAAGCAAUGAAGUUCUCGUCGUGGAGGGUAUUAGGCCGUUGAAGGUGUACAAACCUCUGGGUCGGACGCCCGUUGACUCGGGAUUCCUUUCGACCGAAGAAUACCAACUCAAUUCAGCCGGUGAUUGCCAGCUCGGGUUGCUGGAUAAAAUGUCGUUCGGUAAAGAGUUUCUGUACCGUCAGUACCUGGAUGACUCGCUCUUGUUCAAUCUUAAUAAGUGCCUUAACGCAUUCUCUCAGGCGGCGAAGAGGAACAUCAAUGAAGACUUCAGUAGGAGAUCAAGCACGAAACGAUCAGAGCACGAUGUACAUAGUCGUCGAGACUCGGACCCGAGGCAAGCUGAGAGAUCUGUGCGAGAAAACUCCGCUAGCUCUCCGCUGCGAGAAAUCGCAUCGAAUCAGACACGGCCGUCAAUCGAACAAAACGCGAGCUCCGUAGAGAACGUCCUGAGAGACGCAGACGAGGACGAAAUCGAUCCAGAGUCGAAGGAGGUGCUACAGAGACCAGUCGCUCGACAUUUGAUCACGGAAACCCUGCUCCAAACUCAACAACUACUGAAUUCGCCGAAACAUCCAUCGCCUAGACCUCGCAAGAGAGCCGUUAGCACUUCAACCAAAGGCUCUCGCGGAAGUACGGGUGUGGAAGAUUCCGAGACAUUAUUGAGCCGGCCUCUCGGCCAACCUCUAAUUCUUCCGAGGCCCCUCGAGGUUCAUCCCCCGAAGCCAGGUCCCUCGGAGGAGCUCAAGACUGUCUGUAAGACGAAUAUAAUUCCUCUUCUAGGGUAUCAGGACAAGCGGCCUCCGAAUCUCAACAUCAUUGCGCGAACACAGAUACUGUCUACGCCCCCAGUUUCCUCUCCCAGACGCAUUCCAAGUCUUCAAUCAGAGGAUUCUAGAGGCUCAUUCCGCACGGAUUCCGGGGAUCAGGCCAACUUGCCUUUCCGGCCUUCAAAACGGCCCGAUGAGAUGAUUCGUGUUCUAUCGAAGACAUCGAGAGGAUCCUCCUUCAAAACGUCACUUUCAAAACGAUGUAGUUGGCAAGUUUCAGCUGAAGAUGAUUAUUUCACCGCGGAAGAGUCUCCUGACGACGAGGAGGAUCCACCCUCGCUGUCGAAAACGUCACACCUCUUUAGACGAACGCACUGGAGAUCGGCUCGGUCUAGAUCGAGUCGCACAUUUGACUCGGAGUUGAGCAAGCAGUCCUCUUUCGAAGUUGGACCCAUCACGCGACACUUCCAACGAGAAGAUUCCACGGGCAGCGCAGGCUUCGUUUUAGAGCGAUCUUCACGUUUAAGCGAAUCGGAUGUUGCGUCAAGUGCUGGACGACUCUACAGAGACUCGCGGGGUCAAUACCUCAGCGCCGAGCCAAAUUACAAUCGCUUUAAGAAACGUCUGCAGAAGCAGACCUUGAGGAGCUCGAAAUCACGUUCUUUCCAACGAUCUUUUGAGCCACGCAACUCGAGUGACGCAAGCUCCGGGAGCGAUAUGGAGGAUAUCGUCGAGGAUCCUGAGCUCAUCAGUCCACUUCGACCUUUAUCCUCAUUGUUCAGAAGAGCCAAUUCCGAGCCUACGCUGACCUGCAGUCAAAAGAGAAGAAGUCCCUCGGUAGAUACCUUGGUUCGAGAGAAUCGUUCUGCAUCGAGGUAGUCGAUUCUUCCUGCUUUCAAUCGAUCCGAUUUCCCAAGAACGUCUCUGACUUUCCAGUCCUUGAGUGAAAAACUCAAUACGGUGUUUUCCAUUGCCGUCGAGGGUCGUUGGAUUCCCAAAGCGUAUUCCUUCGACGGCGUCAAUCCCAAUCUACCUGUUCCCUUCAAAGCGAAGUUCCGCUUACGGAGGAGGAGGAGUCCCAGCGCGGAAGACGGUAUCGUACGCCACGCACUGACCAAAGAAGACUUCGACUACAUCAAGAGAGUCGCCAGGAAAGAGAAUCGACCGGCGUCAUUGGCGGAUAGUCGAGACUCCUCAAAUAUUCAGGAGCUACAAAGGAAUGAGCUGAAUCAGAAGAUCUCGCCUUCUCUCGCCGAAGGCAGUACACUCCCGGUAGCUUGCACGCUGUGGGCUCCAGGAACUGAAUCAGAUCAUGACGCUCAACUGGAAGCCCUGACUUUGUGGCUCGCGGCUUCGAGUGCUAGCGUGCCUCACCUAGUAAUCUACACUCAUGGAGAGUCGCGAUUACAACACCUCACCGACGUAGCGGCCAAAGCUCUUGAAAGACAAUGGACAUGCGGCGACCUUGCCGGUGAAUUGGUGAGGUUUUGCCGGAAUCGCAUGUCCAUUCAUCGGGGCACGGGACGAGUCUCAGCCGACCUCAACCUCUUCAUGCAAAUAUUGCAACCGAAACCAUCCUAGCUAGACUUGAGGGGUUCAAGGUGUUGGAUUCGGAACAGGGUUGUAUAUGGGGUAUAUUUCUGUUAUGCAAAACAAUGGUGAUGA